ACCAUGUCGACAGUGUCUCGACACCGACCAAGAUAUCCAGAACCAUGCAGUACUUCUCGGAAAUCAUCGUAUGUCUUGUAACUUUAGCUGUGGCGGAGGGUGUACGGCAUGAGAUUCGCACUGUCAUUGGCGAGGACGUCCAGUUGCCUUGUGCUGCGAAAUCAAAGGCGGGUGUCCAGUACCGCUCGGUGACAUGGUACAAGAUUAUUGAAGGGCCUCCCCGAAUGAUAACCGGUCUUGUAAGACUAACUAAAAACAAUGGCAAAGUGGAAAAAUACAAUGGUGUCAAACGAGAGGUUGACCUGCUCGAGAGAACACAGAGCCUUCUUCUGUCUAAUGUAACUGAACAAGACAGUGGAAUAUAUAACUGCUUUCUGUCUGCUCCUCUUGGCCAUCAGAACCAGGAAGGCGAAAUCGUUCUGAAGGUCUAUGAGCAUCUUACAGUUGAGCAAAUGGAAUUUAAUAAAAGUGAUACAAUUUAUGUGGUUGUGGCCGUCACAGUCCUCGGUGUGGCACUCCUGAUGCUUUGCUUAAGCUAUGUUUGUUUAAGGAAUGUAUACCAAAGCAACAAGAAGCUCUCAAAAGACUCUUUGCUGAAAAUGCCCCAUCAAGGAAGGAACUUGAUUGUCACCAAGCAUUUGGAUUGCAAAACUUUGCCUAUAAUGUUUGUGUGAUGGUAAACCAUGGAGUACAUGGGGGAGUGCUCAGUAGAAGUCAAACAAAGCUCUGCGCACAAGAUGCCGACAGUCGAUAGAGCUUGUGUUGAAGAAGACCACCCACAGAAGCACAGGAAUUGGCAUGUUGGUUUUAGGGAAACUUGCUUGCUAAGCUGGUAGAUGGUCAAAGAGAGACAAAUGCAAGGACAAAGGUUUCAGCAUCAACAUCUUUUGAAAACUGCAUCUCUAAACUAAGUAGUCACUUAUUAGUCACAGUAGUCACAGUACCAGCUUGACUCAACUUACCUGGAUUCGACUCGCUUUUGUUUGGUUUUCCACUGUGUAAAAGUACCUGUAUAUCUGUACCUGCUUUUGGGUACUUUUUUCACAUCACCUCUGGCGAGGUUCUGAGCGAGCUGAGGCGAUACUAAAAUGUGACGUGAUGACACUGCAGACUGCUGAUUGGUCAGAGAGAAUCGUCACUAUUCACUGUCAUCAUUGCAUGCGCCAGACGGAGGAUCCUGAACAACCCUGCCAUUUUGAAAUAGUUUGGCCAGAGAUUGCGUGAUAUACUACUAUUAUGGCAACUCGUAAGAACUCAUGGCAGUUUCCUGCUAUGACGACCAUGUAUUAUUGUGGAGGUACUAUCUGUAAUGGAAAACGGAGCGAGAGGCGACAGUGCAUGUUUGCAUGCUAUGCGAUCAAUGUUAACUAACACAAGUGUAAUGUUAGUUAAUACAGGUGGAGAGCUCUCAGCAAUCAGCCCUCCCCCUGGACAGCACGCCAAAUACGCAAUAUACUUUACUCCCUCUAACUGAAUGUAAGAGUAAGCUUGUGAAAUGUUAUUUGAAAUCAUGUUUUCAAUUAUUUCAUUCCUAUGGAAG